UGUAUCAGUCGCCAUCUUUGUUAAUGUCUCUCUACUGCUAAACUUCAAGCCAAUUUAAUGUUCCAAGUCAGGAAGUGCGCUCAACACUCAGCCAAUCUGUCCAAAUUGAUCAACAAGCAGUCAACUUGUUUGGAGGUUGAUUUCACUACAUAAAAGGUCUUGGGAAUUUUAUCAAAGUGAAUGAAAACCAUGGCAACUAGUGCUACAGCUGAGGUUCUUGAGCAGAUUGGUGAGCGUCAUCUAAAAUGUUCCAUCUGCUUCGACCGAUUCAAUGAACCAAAACUACUGAACUGCAUUCACAGUUUUUGCUUAAAGUGUCUGAAAAAUCUUAGAGAAAUCCAACCUAUGGGAACAGUGAAAAUCAAAUGUCCUCUGUGCAGACGUUACACUGAACUGGAAAGAAAUAAGGUUGACGACCUUCCAACUAACAUCACACUGAGUGCCCUGGUUGAGGAGUUUGCAAUACACGAACAGCUUCUAAAAAGUCAAGGGUCAGAGAUCAAUUGUCAAAGCUGUGAGGAGAAAAAUCAAGCAAUUUUAUUUUGCACAGACUGUACUUGUUUUCUGUGCAAAGACUGCCAAAAAGUACAUGAGCGCCUGCCAGGGUCAAAAUCUCACAAAAUCUACACAAUGGCUCAGCUUCAAUCAGGAGAGAUUGCCUACAAAAGCAAACUAAGAGAAGAACCAAAAUGUGACAAACAUCCUGAUCAGAAUCUGAACAUUUAUUGCAACACAUGUGAGCAGUUGAUAUGCACAACUUGCUCCGUUCUGAAACAUCAAAAGCAUUCCUGUGCUGACAUAACUGAGGCUUUUGAUAAAUGCAAACAAGAAAUUGAAGGACUGAUGGCAAAGGCUGAAAAAAAGAAGAAAGAGCGGAAAAAAGCAAAGGAAGACACAGCCGAGUCCCGCAAGAAACUAGACACCAUGUUUGAAGCCACCAACAAGAAGAUCUCCCAAAAGGCUGACAAGGAGGUUGCUAGGAUCCGAGAGAUGGAGCAGAAACUGAAGCAAGAGGCCAAGGAGAUCUACCAAGACAGAGUCAAGACAUUGGAGACUGCUGAAGACGCCAACAAUGCACAACUGAAAGUAGCACAGAAGACACUGGAUGAGGUGAACCAGCUUCUGGCUCAAGAAAUCAAGACGGAGAUUUUACUUCUGAAACAGAAAUUCCUGCACUCCAUCACUGAACUAACAGAACAAGAGCCACAAACAGUGCCAGAGAAGUUGCACUUUAUUGACUUUCUAGCAUACGGUGAGACUGAGAAGACACUUGGAAGGCUAAUUUUGGAAGACGAAUGGAGACUGGAGAGAGAAAUGGUACUGUCUAGGUCUGCAAAACGUAGAAUUAUUUCUGUUGCAGUUUUCUCGAAUAACGAAAUAGUAUCAGUGGACAUGGAACGCAAAUCUGACUUUCCCAAAUGGUUGGUAAUUUAUUCGCUCACUAGAACUCUGAAACCCCCUUUUUUAUCCACCAAACUAGUAAUUCCACAUAUCCAAGAUUUAUGCCACAUUGCAGUCAACAGGCUAGACCACCUCAUUGUCCUAGAUGGUCGUGUAGUCAAGACCUUCAGCAGAGAAUAUCGGCUCCUCCAUCAGUUCCAGCCAGGAACUGAUUCAGGCCGCAAACCAACCUGCCUGGCAGUGGAUGAUGACAAUCUGAUAGCUGUGGGCUACAAGGCCAAGGGAGAGAUCAGCCUCCACAACCCAGAUGGAACCCUCAUCAGGAGACUACCAGCACCAAUGAUUGAUGAUCAACUGGCCAUGAGCAACAAGAGGCUCAUCUACAUAAACCAAGUGAAGGGGAAAUUGAUAUGUACAGAUUAUCUCAGUAAAAAAGUAUUCAACAUAGACAUUAACUUGCCAGUGAGUGUAUGCUGUGAUAGUCAAGGCACCAUCUUUGUUUCUACGGAAUCACCAGCAGAUAUUCACGUCUUUAGUAGCAAUGGUUACCACACUGGAUAUGUCAUUGAAGCAAGCAAGCAAUAUGCAGAUAGUAUGGCAGUUACACCAAGAGGUGAUCUGGUGGUAGGUGGAUGGGGACUCUUGCAAAUCCAUAGUCUCACAUGAGCAUUAAAUUGAAACAAUCUUGUGAUUGUCCACAGUCACAGUCUUCAACAACAUACUUUUUCCAUAAGAUGACAAUUUUAUGAUCCUAAUGACGAAGAAUACAUGAAAAUGAAUGAGUGUUUGUAAUGGAAUUAUGGAAAAAGAAUUGUACAUGUGCACUGCCAAAUGGUUUUACAUUUAAGGAGUCGUUUUGCUUCCACCUGUACUGCACUUGUUUGCCUUCAAGUGAAAUUUUUUACAAUGAGUAUAUUUUCAGAUUUGCACUGUGUGAAGUUAUCCUGACAUUAAAUAUUUAAAACAUGAUUAAAUCCAGGGUACCAAGCUUGUACUGGUGAAUUUACCAAAGAGAAAAGAAAUGGGCUCCAUGGACUUCAUUCCUGAAUAGAAAUAUUUGAUGAGCUUACAAAAUUUGUGAUGAAGCUUUCUUUAUAAAAGAAAAUGAAAUGGCUUUUUGAAUUAUAUUUGAAUUACUAAUUGGUACCCUUUUUCAAGGUAAGUUAAAAAUUUAACCCUUAACAAAGAAAACAUGUAUGUCAUUUCCCAAAGGGAAAAAUUAUGGUUACUGUUACACAUUUGUGUAGCUCUUGAACCGAUGAAUGAGUGAUGUGAUAAUAUCACAGAAACAAAAGAGACUGUAUUAUGAAAAGUCUUUAAAUAUUUUGGGAUAAAAAACAACGCGUUAUUUAUCUGGGGCCUGAGUCUUUGGCAUUCCAGUAUGAACUUGAAUGCUCCAACAUGUAGUUGUGUUAGAACAAUUAGUGUUUGAGAUUUAAAUGUAUGGCAGAACAAAACAGAUGUACUUGGUUUCGAGGAUAGGGACUGUUCAAUAUACUUAACAUUUUGUACGGGAGCGACAACUCUACAAAUGAGACAGUGUCUUUCAGUUUACUUGACCCAAAAGUAGCUGUACUUGAAGAGAUUUUGUGUGGAUUUUAGAGGAUUUUUGUUCUUGCAUACAGUGUAUUUUCAACCAAAUGUUCAAAUUGUAUUGCAUUCUUUGAUGCAGAAUGCAGACUGAUUGUCGAAUGGAUCUGCGUGAGUGGAGGGUGGACCCAUAUCAAACUCUGGCUUGGCCACUUGGAAUGACUUGUCAAUUGAGAUAUGGACAAAGGAUGUAUAAUAUUUCCUCAAUGGAAAAAUCAUGGAAGUUCUAAAUAGGAAAAUGAAUGCUUCUGAUGGAAUUAAAGAAAAACUAUAAAUAUGCUUAGCCAAACUGUUUGGUAUUUAAGGAGUCACUUAACUUCUACCUGUACUGCACUGGUUGGCUUGUAAGUAGAAAUUUUUAUGAUGACUGAAGUUUCA